AUGUCAUUGGAGACAUUUAAGAUUCCUUUGCUUCAACUCAACCAGGACAAGUGCAAACAGCAACUACAAACAGUCAAAGAUCGUUUCCAGGCCUUCCUCAAUGGAGAGACUCAGAUUGUGGCUGAUGAAGCCUUCAUGAAUGCUGUUCAGAGUUACUAUGAGGUAUUCCUUAAGAGUGACCGGGUGGCCCGAAUGGUCCAGAGUGGUGGGUGCUCAGCCAAUGACUCCAGGGAGGUCUUCAAGAAGCACAUAGAAAAGAGGGUGCGUAGCCUUCCAGAAAUUGAUGGUCUCAGCAAGGAGACAGUGUUAAGCUCCUGGAUGGCCAAAUUUGAUGCCAUUUACCGUGGAGAGGAAGAUCCUCGGAAGCAACAGGCCCGAAUGACUGCCAGUGCGGCCUCUGAGCUAAUCCUGAGCAAGGAGCAGCUCUAUGAAAUGUUUCAGAACAUCCUGGGAAUCAAGAAGUUUGAACACCAGCUCCUGUACAAUGCCUGUCAGUUUCGGUGUUUAGAGAGACAGGCAUUUGAGAUCAGGGGGAAACUACGACUCCAAAAAGUUCAAGAACUUGCCCAAGAACGCAAGUUUCCUAAAUUUGUGUCCAAAGAAAUGGAGAAUAUGUACAUUGAAGAACUGAAAUCAUCAGUCAACUUGCUAAUGGCAAACUUAGAGAGUAUGCCAGUAUCGAAAGGAGGUGAAUUCAAGCUUCAGAAACUGAAACGAAGCCAUAAUACAUCCAUCAUUGACAUGGGAGAAGAGAAUGAAAACCAGCUUUCCAAAUCAGAUGUCGUGCUGUCCUUCUCCUUGGAGGUUGUAAUCAUGGAAGUUCAAGGCCUAAAGUCUUUGGCCCCCAAUCGCAUUGUAUACUGUACCAUGGAGGUAGAAGGAGGAGAAAAACUACAGACAGACCAAGCUGAAGCUUCCAAGCCAACGUGGGGGACACAAGGUGACUUCUCCACAAGCCAUGCCCUACCAGCUGUAAAGGUGAAGCUGUUCACAGAAAGCACAGGUGUCCUGGCCUUGGAGGACAAAGAACUCGGUCGGGUUGUUCUCCGUCCUACCCCUAACAGCCCCAAACAGUCAGAAUGGCAUAAAAUGACCGUUUCCAAAAACUGUCCUGAUCAAGAUCUGAAAAUUAAACUUGCUGUCCGGAUGGAUAAACCUCAAAACAUGAAGCAUUCUGGGUACUUAUGGGCCAUUGGUAAGAAUGUCUGGAAGAGAUGGAAGAAAAGGUUCUUCGUAUUAGUCCAGGUCAGCCAGUACACAUUUGCCAUGUGCAGCUAUCGAGAGAAAAAGGCCGAACCUCAGGAACUCCUGCAGCUGGAUGGCUACACCGUAGACUACACUGACCCCCAACCAGGUUUGGAAGGGGGCCGAGCCUUCUUCAAUGCAGUUAAAGAAGGGGAUACAGUGAUUUUUGCCAGCGAUGAUGAACAAGACCGUAUCCUGUGGGUCCAAGCCAUGUACCGGGCCACUGGCCAGUCCCACAAGCCCGUACCCCCAACUCAAGUUCAAAAGCUAAAUGCCAAGGGAGGAAACGUACCUCAGCUAGAUGCACCAAUCUCUCAAUUUUAUGCAGAUAGAGCUCAAAAACAUGGCAUGGAUGAAUUUAUCUCUUCCAAUCCCUGUAACUUUGACCACGCUUCCCUCUUUGAGAUGGUGCAGCGCCUAACUUUGGACCACAGACUAAAUGAUUCCUAUUCUUGCCUGGGCUGGUUCAGUCCUGGCCAGGUAUUUGUACUAGAUGAGUACUGUGCACGCAAUGGAGUCAGAGGCUGUCACAGACAUCUCUGCUACCUCAGUGAUCUCCUUGAACGAGCUGAAAAUGGAGCCAUGAUCGACCCCACACUGCUUCACUACAGCUUUGCCUUCUGUGCAUCCCACGUCCAUGGGAACAGGCCUGAUGGAAUAGGAACUGUGACAGUUGAGGAAAAAGAACGCUUUGAAGAAAUCAAAGAGAGACUCCGAGUUCUUCUGGAAAAUCAAAUCACACAUUUUAGGUAUUGCUUUCCAUUUGGCCGACCUGAAGGCGCGUUAAAAGCUACACUCUCUCUUUUGGAAAGGGUUUUGAUGAAAGACAUUGUUACCCCAGUGCCACAAGAGGAGGUAAAAACGGUCAUCCGUAAAUGCUUAGAGCAAGCUGCGUUAGUCAACUAUACUCGUCUCUCAGAGUAUGCCAAAAUUGAAGAGAAUCAAAAGGACACAGAAAAUGUAGGCCGCUUAAUCACCCCUGCCAAAAAACUAGAAGACACAAUACGCUUGGCGGAAUUAGUCAUUGAAGUCCUCCAGCAAAAUGAAGAACAUCAUGCAGAGGCCUUUGCAUGGUGGUCAGACUUAAUGGUGGAGCAUGCUGAGACGUUCCUGGCAUUGUUUGCGGUGGACAUGGAUGCUGCCUUGGAGGUGCAGCCCCCGGAUUCGUGGGACAGCUUCCCACUGUUCCAACUGCUCAAUGACUUCCUCCGUAGCGAUUAUAAUUUGUGCAACGGAAAAUUUCACAAACACCUGCAGGACCUGUUUGCCCCACUUGUGGUUAGAUAUGUCGAUCUGAUGGAGUCCUCAAUUGCACAGUCAAUUCACAGGGGCUUUGAACGGGAAUCGUGGGAGCCAGUAAAGAGUUUAACCAGUACCCUACCCAAUGUGAAUCUACCUAAUGUGAAUCUACCCAAAGUACCCAAUCUACCAGUUAACAUCCCUCUAGGCAUCCCACAAAUGCCUACUUUUUCGGCACCGUCAUGGAUGGCUGCUAUCUAUGAUGCUGAUAAUGGAUCAGGCACCUCGGAAGAUCUGUUCUGGAAACUUGAUGCCCUGCAGACUUUCAUUAGGGAUUUGCACUGGCCCGAGGAAGAGUUUGGAAAACACCUAGAACAACGCCUGAAACUGAUGGCCAGUGAUAUGAUUGAAUCCUGUGUGAAAAGAACCAGGAUUGCAUUUGAAGUUAAGCUGCAAAAAACCAGCCGAUCGACAGAUUUCCGAGUCCCACAGUCAAUAUGCACCAUGUUUAAUGUUAUGGUUGAUGCCAAGGCCCAAUCAACAAAACUUUGCAGUAUGGAAAUGGGCCAAGAGCAUCAAUACCACUCAAAAAUAGAUGAACUAAUUGAAGAAACUGUUAAAGAAAUGAUAACACUCUUAGUGGCAAAGUUUGUCACAAUCCUGGAAGGCGUGCUGACCAAAUUAUCCAGAUAUGACGAAGGAACUUUGUUCUCUUCUUUCCUUUCAUUUACUAAGCCCGGAAUGGACGUCGCUGAUGCCUACGUGACAUUUGUCCGCCACUCUCAGGAUGUCCUCCGUGAUAAGGUCAAUGAGGAGAUGUAUAUAGAAAGGUUAUUUGAUCAAUGGUACAACAGUUCCAUGAACGUGAUUUGCACCUGGUUGACAGAUCGGAUGGAUUUGCAGCUUCAUAUUUAUCAACUGAAAACUCUUAUUAGGAUGGUAAAGAAAACUUAUAGGGACUUCCGAUUGCAAGGGGUACUAGACUCUACCUUAAACAGCAAAACCUACGAUACAAUCCGAAACCGACUUACUGUAGAAGAAGCUACGGCCUCCGUGAGCGAGGGAGGGGGUCUUCAGGGCAUCACGAUGAAGGACAGUGAUGAAGAAGAUGAAGAAGAUGAUUAA